AUGAUGAAGCUCACCGUUGCUUUCCUGGCCGCCCUGGCCGCCGCCGAUGCCGUCGAGGCUCGCUCCGCCCGCCAUCAGCGUCGCCAGUACGGCUCUGGCUACGGUACCGGCAGCGGCUACGGCAGCGGCUACGGCGAGACACCUGAGGUCUCCUCGGCUCCCGCCGUCUCCUCAGUCCCCGCUGCCUCGCUGCCUGCUCCCUCUGUCCCCGCUGCCUCCAGCACUCUGGACUACGGCAACGGCUACCCUGUUCCCUCCGUCCCCGCCGGCGGCGAGUCUUCCAGCUCUGUUGCCGUUCCCACCAGCAGCACCCCUGCCGCUGAGACCUCUUCCUACCCAGCAGAGGUUCCCUCCAGCUCCGUUGCUGUCCCCACCAGCAGCACCCCUGCCGCUGAGACCUCUUCCUACCCGGCUGAGGGCGCCUCCAGCUCCGUUCCCGCUGUGAGCUCCUCGGUCCCUGCCGUCUCCAGCUCCGUUCCUGCUACCUCCAGCACUAUGGACUACGGCAACGGCUACCCUGUUCCCUCCGUCCCCGCCGGCGGCAAGUCUUCCAGUUCUGUUGCCGUUCCCACCAGCAGCACCCCCGCCGCCGAGACCUCUUCCUACCCUGCGGAGGGCGUCUCCAGCUCCGUUGCCGUUCCCACCAGCAGCACCCCCGCCGCCGAGACCUCUUCCUACCCUGCGGAGGGCGUCUCCAGCUCCGUUGCUGUCCCCACCAGCAGCACCCCCGCCGCCGAGACCUCUUCCUACCCGGCCGAGGUUCCCUCCAGCUCCGUUGCUGUCCCCACCAGCAGCACCCCUGCCGCUGAGACCUCUUCCUACCCGGCUGAGGGCGCCUCCAGCUCCGUCCCCGCUGUGAGCUCCUCGGUCCCUGCCGUCUCCAGCUCCGUCCCCGCUACCUCUAGCACUCUGGACUACGGCAACGGUUACGGCCACCCCUCCGCCCCCGUUGGCACCGGUGCCUCGUCCUCGGUUCCCGCUGGCGCUGAGAGCACCCCCGCCUCUGGCAUCUACCCCACCAGCUCCAUCUACGUUCCUACCGGCGUUGGCUCUUCUAGCUACCCCGUUGGCACGGGCGCUUCGUCCUCAACUCCCCUCGCAUCUGAGGUCUCCAAGACGUACUACCCCACCGGCUACCCCUCUGGCACCGGCCCUCGCCCUACUGCCGUCACUGCCUUCCCCUCUGGCACUGGCUCCUACCCCGAGACCACUCCCAUGAGCGACUACGUCACCUCGGUCAUCUACAGCACCCAGAUCUUCACCGUCACUGACUGUCCCUCGACCGUCACCAACUGCCCGGCCCGCGCCACCUCGCUCAUCACCAGCGUCGUCCCCGUCGGCACCACCGUCUGCCCUGAGUCUGACCUGACCAAGGCCACUCCCGUUCCUUCGGCCUCCGUCUCCAAGCACGAUGUGACUAGCUCCUACCCCGUCUCCGAGGUUCCCCACGAGGUUACCGAGACCCUGGUCUACACCAUUGGUAUUGGCUCCACCGCCCACCCCGUCACCACCGAGAUCACCUCCACCUCCAUUCAGACCAUCUACUCCACUGUCGUCGUCACCAAGCACAGCGCCUCCGAGACCAAGCCCGCUGGCUCCUACCCUACCGGCCCCGGUGGAGAGGGUGCCUACCCUACUCCCUCCACCCCCGCCAACGAGGAGUCCUACCCCACUGGCCCCGGUGGAGAGGGUGCCUACCCUACUGCCUCCACCCCCGCCAACGAGGGGUCCUACCCCACCGGCCCUGCUGGCGGCGAGUCCCACACUGGCCCUACCACCCUGAAGUCUACCCAGACCCAGACCCGCUACGUCACUGUCAAGCCCACUCCUUCCGCAUCUUCUGACGUUCCCGUCGGUGAGCAGAGCUACCCUACCGGUCCCGCAGGUGAGGACUGCUCCCCUCCUGUUACCGUUACCGUCACUACCAGGGAGACCGUCACCGUCACCGCUGGCCAGGAGACUGCCACCUCCGAGUCUCAGAAGCCCACUGGUCCCGUUGGUGGCCAGGGCGAGUACCCUACUUCGUCUCCCUACCCUGAGGUCCCUGUCGCUUCCACCCGUGCUCCCUACCCCACCGGCAACAGCACCGUCUCCUACCCUGUCGGCCCCACUGGCUUCUCUACUGUGACCAAGCCUAGCUACCCUACUGGCACCGGCGCCGUCCCCAGCGAGACCGCUCUCCCCAGCUUCUCUUUCGUCUCUGAGGUUCCCUCCGCUUCGUCUGCCUACCCCACCUCGACUCCUUCCGUCGAGACUCAGGUUCCCAGCUCCUCCACCCCCGCCGGUGAGGAGGCUACCUCCAGCGCUGCGUACCCCGAGUACCCUGCUUCCACCCCCGCUAGUGAAGAGUCCUCUUCCGCCCCCGUCGCUACCCCUACCCCUAGCUCCGGCUACGGCACCGGCUACGGAUCCGGCUACGGCACCUACUAA